CAAAAGAAAUAUCCAUGAUCUCUCAUUCCGUCAUCUAGUAGUAACACCUGCCGCGUCUGCAGCCAAACACCCAGCAAGAUCUCGCGCGACUCAAACUCACCAAGCAAAGAACUCUUUUCCCCAGGAGCCUUUGCUUCGGCGUAGACGUGCGUCGUUAGCGGUCCUUGAGCUAUUUGCUAAUUAUACUGUAUAUUUGGCUUAAUGUCGCACGUAUAUCCAGAACAGCCAUCUGCUCCAAGACAAAAAGACACAGGUCCCAACUGUGUAGCAAUGUCCUUUCCUGCAGAACCACCACCAAACUAUGAUGAAGCAACAGCUGGAGAUAAGCAGCAAGAAUACAGAACUCCACCUUACACAACUCAGCCUCCCUCAUCAGUACCAGUUCAUCCCAGUUGGGCUUAUGUGCACCCAAGCCCUAGUCCUGGUUACACAAAUCAGUAUGCUUCAGAAAUGUUAUCACCAUUCUCUGAUCCAAGUACAAAUGGAAGUUGUGAUGGUUUAAGCGGAGACUCCUGGGAAGAUAAAAAUAUCCGCCGCAUGUUUAUCAGAAAGGUCUUUAUGAUUUUAAUGGUACAGCUCAUGGUCACUUUUGGUGUUGUGGCCCUUUUUACUUUCUGUGAACAAGUCAAACAAUUUGUACAGUUCAACCGGAUCCUAUAUCUUGCCUCAUAUAUUACAUUCAUGGGGACAUAUUUGGCACUUGUUUGCAGUACUAAUGCCAGACGGCGAUAUCCUACCAAUCUCAUUUUGCUAGGUGUCUUUACUUUGGCUAUGUCAUACAUGGCAGGGAUGCUAGCCAGUUACCAUAAUACAAAAGUGGUCGUGUUGUGCAUUGGAAUUACAGCAAUGGUUUGUUUUGCGAUUACCCUUUUUUGCUUUCAAACUAAGGUUGACUUUACUUCUUGUCAUGGACUGAUAUUUUCUUUGGCUAUGGUUCUGUUUCUUACUGGCUUAGUGUUGGCAUUUACAGCACCCUUUGGAUAUAUACCAUGGAUACAGACAGCCUAUGCAGGACUUGGAGCCUUGGUUUUUACACUGUUUCUGGCUUUUGAUGUCCAGUUGCUGACAGGAAAUCGGCGAUACUCCCUGAGUCCUGAAGAACAUGUAUUUGGUGCCAUGUGCCUUUAUAUGGACAUUGUCUAUAUUUUCUUCUUCCUGCUGCAGCUGUUUGGAAGUCGAGAGUGAGACUGCCAGUUUUGCACUUCACAAUGAAGACAUCAGUAAUCUUUUUCUUGUUUUGGAACCCUGCACUGAAGUAGCCUGUGGUUCUUGUACUGAAUAAUUUAACAGGUUUGGUUUUUGAAGCAAGGCCAAGGAUAAGGAUAUACCUGCCUGUUUUAUUGAUUUAGUUACUCUUACUGCUCACCAUGAAUAGCUGGACAACCUGUUCUAACCUAAACUGCAUUCUUCUCAGACUGUCUUUUCCUAUUGUACUAGGUGAUAAAGGGUUUACCAGUUGUUAGAUCCAAAGUAUGUGUACUGUAACAAGGUACUUUCUGUUCACAUGGCAGUCAAAUGUUAAAUUGUAAAAGACACAGUAAAAUCUUAAAAAUGUUAUGCAUAUACCUACAAGAUGAACGGGAGGUUAUCUUAAACAUUUUGCUACAUUUUUUCAUUAUACAUCUUUCUGACCUGAAUUGUGGUUUUUGAAGAAUAUAAAAGAAUCUAAAAUCUCAUAUGUUUCUAGCAUGAGGCACAGGCACCAGUAAAGAACAGAAGAAUUGUGUUGUAUGUAAUGUAUGUAAUAUAUAGCUAACCUUUAUUGAUGAUUCCCUAUAUUCUUUCUUGGGAAUUGCAGCAUUAUGGUUAGGAAGAGCAAUGAGUAUAUUUUACUGAGAAACAUUUAAUAUCUUCUUGCUGUUCCAGAUAAUAUUCAAAAGGAGUUUUUAUUGACCGGUGUUCAUAAUAAAUUGUAUUAUCAAAAAAAAAACAAAUUAAUGAACACAACAUAAUCCUGAAUUUUGAUGUUUCCUUCAACACUUAUGCUGAUAUAUUUAGCCUUCAUAGUAAUGUUAAUGAUUUGUAUUUUGUAUUAAAAGGUUUGAUUUUAGUCAGAAUGCAUUAUGGAAGGUAUAAAGUGAAAAGUUCAUAUAUUCAAAAAGUUUCUUAUAUUGAAUAUUUCCUGCAUUUCCUAGAGGGUGCAGGCAUUCAAAUUCCUACUUCAUUUUUUUUAUUUUCAUGACUGUGAAUCUUGCUUCUACACACAUAGUUUUGAGGUAUAAUUUAAACAAGUUAGUGGAUUGGGUUGGGCUGAUACACAGUGGGUAGUAAUGCCUCAGAUGCCAGUCUGAAGGUUUUUCAUAGUGCAUUAUGUCUUUUAACUCAAAGAUGGCUAGUUGAAGUGGAUGAAUGUCCAAAACACAUUGUUAUCCAUUGUAAAGUGCUUAUAAGUUUGUACUCAAGGGGCAGUUCAUAUUAUGGAGAAGCGUAGAUUAAAAACUGUAAUAAAAGAAGCCUAUAGCAUAGAAAUUCAUAUGAAGGUAAUUAAGUAACUGUACCAUAAUUUUCUGUAUUAGUGUGCUUAAUAGGACCAGUACAACAUAUAGUGUAAGGUUAAUUUACACCGUAGGAUAUACAAGUAUUGUAGUUCAUUCAAGUGUAAAAUGUUUUUUGUGAUUUCUGUCCCAUAGGUAUACAAUACUAAACCCUUUAAGCCCCUCAGACCUUUAUACAUUUUCAUGAGUGGUUUUGCCAGUCUCACUAGUUGAGUCUGCAAAUUAAAAAAAAAAAAAGUCAAAAAAUACUUGCAAAUAUUUUUUCACUUAAAAAUCUAUUUUGAUAGUUGUUGUUGAUUUCAAAUAUUUUUAAAUCUUCCAAAAUUAGAUAUUUAAUAAGCCUAGGACUAUUAAUUACAAAAUUAUAAAUGAUCAAGAUAAAGGGUAAACUUGGCUAGUUUAUGUGAACAAAGACAUAUUUUGCACUUUGUUCAGUGAAUGAUGCACCUUCAUCAAUUUAUAGAGGUAAUUACAUUAAAAUUACUUGUUUUAAUAAUUUUUUAUAUUACAGUACUUGAUAUUUAAAUUGUCUUGAUUUAUUUGUAUUACAAAUAUUGUAAAUAGCACUACAGUGUUUUUAUUUAAUUUGUGUACUUAUUUAAUAGAUAAUACUAUUUUGUUUUUUAUUUCUUUGAAUAGCUAGGAUUAGUUUACUGUAUAUGUACAAUGUCCAGCUUAUUUUAAGUAAGCACCCCCAUUUGGUAGUUUUAUUUUUACAAUGUGGGAAUUAGACAUUGUUACAUGUGAAAGUAAAAGUUGUAAGGAGAGGAAUAUAUGCAAGACCAACACCUUAGAGCAAAACUUUUUAUAUAGCACCUUAAUAUUCAGUUUCCCAAGUAGUCUUUAAGAAAUACAUUUAUUUUUGGUACUCUUUUCCUUGCAUCAGUCAACAUGCAAUCUAGCUUCUGAUUCUGGAGAAUCAAAAGCAAAAAAAUUAGUAAUGUUCAGUGCAUCUGUUAUAAUUUGAUUUAAAAGAUGUCACAGUUAGUGGUAGUGUGCAUUUUCUACUUGAAUGUGCAAGCUAUUAGAUACAUCUUUUCAUUUUGUUCCUAAUUUUAAUAUUUGCAGUAAAUAACCUAAUUUUCAUUUGCAGUAAUUUUACAGAGUCGUCUGGAGGCAGGCCUUCAGGGUGUCUUGUGGAGUUUUGUCUUGUAAGAAGAAGAAUUGGCAGCUUUGCUGUGACAAUAUUUUAUUGUGAAAAAGAUAAAUUAGUUUCCUGUGAGUGAUUGUAAUUAAUGCAGGAAUUUCAAGUGGUGUAGGUUCUAUGUUCCCAUUUGAAUUAUAGUUCUUUGUCUUUUCAGUUUAUUUCCUAAGUUGUACUAGGCUAAACAUUGUCUAAUGCUGCAAUUAAGAGUACAUCAAGCACUGUUAAGUUUUGUUAAAUUAUGACUAUAAUUUAAAAAUUCUGCAUAAAACGUAGAAAGGUUUCAAGUAAUUAUGGACCACAGGCAAACUAUAUUUAAAAUGAUUACUGUUAAACUUUACCAUUUAGAUAUUAAAUUAUGGUGAAUAGUCACUUGUAUGUCAAGAUAAGCAGAUGACAGUAGAGUUUUAAGACACGUUCAAAAGUUACAAUCUUUUUAAGUCAGAUUUAAAAUUAUGUAUCCUUAAGAGUCUUAACAUUAAAGUUGUAUUAUUUGUAAAUUAAGAUAGUUUUUUUACUCCCCUUAAUUUAAAAAAAAAUUGUUUAAUCUUGGUUAGUAAAUGAACAAGAUAACUGUUAAACUAAGGACAAUCCUAAUUUAUUAGUCAUUUUUUAAAAUUUACUGUAGAGCUCAAUGUUUUGAAAGAAAAUGUUUACUCAAUGUAAAUUCUUUGCAUUGUAAACAAUUAAAAUCUAUUCAUUUACAAAACUUUUUAAAAUUUUCAAUUUGGAUGUAGUGUCCGUAAGAACAUUUUUUUUAUCUUAAGUCUGAAGGCCAAAAAUGUAUCCCUUUUGCAAGAGCAAAUGUUUUCUUUAAACUACAUACACAAAAUGCUGAGAAAUAAUAUAAGAAGUGUAUGGAAUAAAGUUUAGAUACUGUAUAUACAAACUUUCUUUAGAAACUUAAAAUGUAACCUCAGUCCAAAGCUACAGUUAACAUUCCUGCUGUCAGCAAAUACUGUACAUAUUCAUCCAUUUUGCCUGAUUUCACCUUCAGUGAAUCUUACCAGUGAAAUAAAAACAUUUUUAAUAAACAUUUUAAGUUUUAGCAGUUUGUAAAAAUAAACAAUAAAAUAAUAAAAAAGUGAAGAUAGCACAUUUUAAAAUGAACAUGAAUGUAAAUAGGAAGUUGUAAAUAAAACAAUGAAGACUUAUUUUUAUUGUUAAUUAAAUGGUAUUUAGUACAUCUGUAUAACUAACUAAAUCAUCCAAGGGAAGGCACCUUAGACUGCUUAGAGAAAAUAAAAAUUAAUAAUAAAAUUCUUAACUUGAUCAGGCUUAAUUACAAGGCAAUUAUAAAGAAAUCCAGUUAUUUGAUUUUUCUUGUAUUGUUACGAUUUUUUAUGAAACAUUUAGACCAAGGUGACCUUUCUUCUUUUUAAAAUGUGCUGUUGUAAUGGAAAACACAUAUUUGAUUUGAUACGUCUUCCAAAGCCACAAGUAAACGGUUUUACUGUUUAUGUUCAGGAAUCAUUGUUUAAAACAGCACCUUGAGCUUAUCACAAGAAUUGCAUGACUGAUGUCAAAACUCAGCAUUUCAUUGUCAGUGAAGUAGUAAAAGCUUUGUCACUGUGUUUGUUUAUGUAGGUAGAAUUAACACUAGCACUGCUGCUGUGCUGCUUCUUUCAUAACCUAAUUCAUUACCUGUUUGAGAUGAUUGGUAGGUGAACAGUUUGAACAUUCACAUAGCAAACAAGACAACAUAGUGAAUCACAAGUUCAUAGGUUAAUUGUAAUCCUGUCAGAGUGAAAAGUAUUAUUUCACUGAUUUUUUUUUAUUAAUAAAGUAACAUUUUAUUAAUGUUUGUUUUGAGUUACAGUAAUUGUAGGGUUUGAAGUGCAUAUCUUAAAAUACAUUAAUUAAAACUAAACCAGUAAUAGCUCAUGUAGUAGAUGCAUUACACUCUGAAGACUUCCUGCUCUGUUUAUGUAUAAAUCUAUGAAAUAUCAGUAUUCAGUGUAUACUAAUGCAAAGCCAGUCAAGGCUGAAGAGUCAUGCAUUUAGUAAAAUUUAUUUAUUUAUUGCCUGUUUUUAGAGCGUUGUUUUAGAUUAGACAAUUUACCUUUCUCAUGAAUUACAAUUACAGUAGCUUAUUUUUUUCUUAAGUAGGUUGUAUUCUAUAAAAUGUAAUUGGAGUACGGAGAUAGAGCAGAAUAUUUUUUGUCAAGUAAUUCUCAUGCUUAUGUGUAGGUAAAAGACCCUUGCUCUCCAUGAAUUUGUAUAUAUUUAUAUUUCAUAAACCAACUACUAAACUAAAAACAAUUUGUAUCUCCACCUCAAUACUCACAUAUAUUUAUAUAAAUUGUAUUGUUGUAUGAAAAUCAUGCACUUUAUUGAUAUGGCCCCUUAAUGUUAAAGGUCUGUAAUUGUUAGUCUUCUGAAAGUAGUGUGCUUUUUGAAACCCGAUAAAGCUGCUACAGUUUCAACCAAAAAUGUAUUGCAUGCAUUACUUACAGCCUUCUCUUUUGUCUUAUUUUGCAUCACAACUGAAAAAAAUCAGGCUAAUAAUUAUUGCAUGUUAUAAUAUUGUGAAUUGUUUUAAUGAUCAUACAUCACAAUAUCCCAGCCUACUCAGCAGAGCAGUAUCUUAAAUGAAGUUUCUCUUCUGCACUGCCUGCACCUCCUGAAAGUCAAAGUAGAUAUAUACAGUAUCAUUUCCUCCACAAUGUUUGGAACAUUUGUUCUUGAUUUUUUUUUUUUCUUCUUGAUUUACCCUUCUGCUCCACACUUUAAAAUUGUAGACUUUAAUUUAAGGGUAUUUGCAUACAUUUCAGUCACACCAUGUAGAAAUGACAAUACUUUUUCUGCAUGAUCCCUCCAUUUCAGGGCACCAUAAUGUUUAGUACAUAACAGUGGUAAGUAUAUUAAAGCAGUCUUAUUUAAUUCAUUUUUGCUUAUCCCUUGCAUGCAAUGAGUGCUUGAAGUGUGUGCUUCAUAGACAUCACCAGGUGAUGAGUAUCCUCUCCGGUGAUGCUCUACCAAGCCUCUGAUGCAGCCAUCUUCAGGUCCUGCUUGUUUUGGAGGCUUGGCUCCUUAAGUUCCACAUGGAAGGCAUGCUCAUUUGGAUUUAGAUUUGGUGACUGGCUUGGACAUUCAAGGAUUUUCCUUUUUUUAGCUCUGAAAACCCGCUGUGUUGCAUUAUCAGUAUGUUUGUGAUCAUUAUCUUGUUGAAGUGCUGUCCAAUGAGUUUGGAGGCCUUUACUGGAACGUGAGCAGAUAAGAUGUUUCUAUACACCUCAGAAUUGAUUGUGCAACUGCCAUCAGCAGUUACAUCAUUAAUAUUGAUAAGUGAGCCAGUACCCAUGGCAGCCAUACAUGCCUAAGACAUAGCACUCUCAACACCAUGUUUAACAGAUGAGGUGGUAUGCUUUGAAUUUUAAGCAGUUCCUUUUUGGCUGUACACUUUACUCUUGCUGUUAAUCUGAUACAGGUUCAUCUUUUGUCUCGUUUGGCCACAAGAACUUUCUCCAGAAUUCUGCAGGCUCUUUUAAGUACUUUUCGCAAACUGUAAUCUGCCCGUCCUGUUUGUGUGGCUAACUAGAUAUUUGAAUCUUCCAGUGUGGCCCCUGUAUUUUUGUUGCUGAAGUCUAGUCACUGACGCUUCCACAUCUACCUCCUGAAGACUGUUUCUGAUCUGUCAAACAGGUGGUUGGGGCUUUUUCUUCACCUUAGUGAGGAUUCUUCUGUCAUUGAUGUCUUCCUUAGCUUACCAGUCCCUUUGUGAUUAAUGAGCUCACCAGUGCAUUGUUUCUUCUUAAUAAUAUUCCAGACAGUUGAUUUAGUUAAUCCUAAGGUUUUUUUUUGUUUUGCAGCCUCAUAAUGGCUUCUUUGACUUUCAUUGGCACAGCUUUUGUUGUUGAACAAUGGCAAUUACAGACUCUAAAGGGUAGAACCAAGCCUAGGUAUCACAUAGCUACACUCAUGAAGCAAUGAAACACACUUGAGUAAUCACAAAUAUCUGUGGCACCAGUUGUCCCAAACAUUAUGGUGCCCUGAAAGCGAGAGACCCUGUAUAAACAUGGUGUGUCCAAAAUAUAUGCAAAAUACUCUUAAUGUCUGUAAUGUACACUUUAAUCAUGUCUGAAUUGUUUGAUUUGUAAGUUUAAUCUGUGAAACAGAAUGGUAAAUCAAGGAAAAGUAUGUCUUUGUCCAAAACAUUAUGGAGAGCACUGUAACAAAGGGCUACUUCAUCCUAAUAAAUGUAUAGUUCUUAAAUAUUUUUGUUAGUUAUUUGAUGGAGAUUAAACUAUUAACAAUCAAUCGGUAGUCUUUUGUGAAGAGUCAAUUAAGUAAAACAAUUUUUGUGAAAGAAGAAAAAUAAAUCUUUAAAUAAUGUCAAUACAGUUUAUGGAUUUGAGUGAUGCUGUAUCUGAGAAUUAAGUUGGAUAUGUGAGUUAUAAUGGAUUAAUUAAACUUUUCACAAUUUUCAGCUAUUUUAUUUUCCCUUAUUGCCUAGCAAUACCUAUGGAGAUAUGCUAAGCACACUCUCGCAAUGCACAUUCCUUUUCAUAAAACAGAUCCCAGAAUUGCAAGUAAGCAAGUGAGCAGUGUAAUACAGUAGAGAAACACUUGGAAGCAUUUAAAAAAGGUAUUUGAAGCUCAUGUUAAGUGUAAUAUAUAUACAGUAAUAUUUUGCAUGCUAACGUUUGACAACAGUAGUUCUAAUUCCCUUCUAUGUGAAAUGUGUUACCUUCACAUUGUGAUGGUUAUUUGCGUACAGUUUUGAAAAAGACCAAACCCCUCCGCUGUCGCCACUUUUGAUUUUAUUCUGGUGGGCUGAAGGCCCUGCUGUAGUACCAUGAGUGACCCAUGCUAUUUACAAUUUAUGUGGCUAUUAAGAAUAAUUUUCUUUUGUAGGAUGUAUAGACAGAGCUAGUAAAUAGCUUAUUACUGUUCAGUAGAUGUUCUGCUAGAUUGACUUUUUGUUUAUUGAUUUUCUGAUCAUGGGCGGCAUGAAUAAAUCAAAUCACUAAAAACUUGCAUUGAAUUUGCCCACAUACACAUCUGUUUAACAAAAAUAUAUAAUGCCUGAUAUAGCCAAACUACAGCAUUGUCUCAAAUUUAAAUGUCACCUUGAUGGUAAUAUCUGCAUAGAAUUUGUUUCAGUUAAUAAGGAUUUUGGUUGCAUUAUUCAAUUUUGAGUUCGUAGAAAAGAAAAUAUUGUUAUCAAGAGACAUCAAUUGAAAAUAAUUUAUGCUAUAAAUAUUUAGAGUUAUUUUUUAAUUUGAUCAGAUGUACCACAUUUCAUUUUUGCAUUCAGUUCCAUCUCAUUUCUGCAUUUUUAUUUCAAAAGCUUAAAAUACUAGCUCUUUAAUUUGAAGUUUAAAACAAUACAUGUAACAUUUCUCCUGUUUGAUUCUGACAUCCACAACAGCAUUUCAUGAUUUUAUUUUUAAGAGUAUAUUAAACUCCAAUAAGGGGGGAAUGUGUUAAGAAAGUGAGCCAAAAUGUAAUGGUUGUGUCCUUGAUGCACCUUACAAUUACCAAAUUACCAGUUAUGAGGCAGUGGAGACUAGCAGGAUGGGAAUGAGUGCUACAAAUUUGCAUUUUAUUUUAAGAAAUGUAUACAGUAUGUAUAUUUUAAAAAAGGCAGCACGGUGGCGCAGUGGUAGCGCUGCUGCCUCGCAGUUAAGAGACCCGGGUUUGCUUCCCGGGUCCUCCCUGCGUGGAGUUUGCAUGUUCUCCCCGUGUCUGCGUGGGUUUCCUCCGGGUGCUCCGGUUUCCUCCCACGGUCCAAAGACAUGCAGGUUAGGUGGAUUGGCAAUUCUGCAUUUGCCCUAGUGUGUGCUUGGUGUGUGGGUGUGUUUGUGUGUGUCCUGCGGUGGGUUGGCACCCUGCCUGAGAUUGUUUCCUGUCUUGUGCCCUGUGUUGGCUGGGAUUGGCUCCAGCAGACCCCCAUGACCCUGUGUUCGGAUUCAGUGGGUUAGAAAAUGGAUGGAUGGAUGGAUAUUUUAAAAAAAAUGAUGUAAACAAUAAGACAGUUCUUCAAAGACACAAUCAUACUAUCAAUACACUACCCCAGACACUAUGUUCCCAAAGGAAAAAAUAUAAAUCAAACUGAAAUCACAACCACCUUUCCCCACCCAAUUUUCAUUUAUAUAAAGUUGAUAUUUUUCAUGUAGAAAAUAAUAAUUUUUGCCUGAUCUUUGGCCAUUUUUAUAUUAUUAAUGCACACAGCUAUUUUGGGCUUUUAGUGUUUCUUGUUUUUCAUGAUUGUAUUUUCAGAUUUAUGCCUUGUAUGUUACAUUUAAUUCCAGUUACAGUAAUCAUUUAAUUAAGUAACCUAGUUAGUAGUUGAUAUGAUAUCUUUCAUUGUCAUUGCAUAAUUUCACACAUCACCAGGAUCCACUAUUGCUUGUUCAUGUAAUUUUUAAACUCUAUAUUUAAGGCUUCAGACAGCAAUAAUAUUUGUUUUUGGGGUACAAAAUAGUCAAAUUGAAUGUUUUUAAAUGGAAAAGUUUGACUUGAGUAGGAAGUUAUGAAUGUUUUUGCUCUUCACACAUUCUGUAUACAAUACCGAUGGUGUUCUGUGUAAUAUCUCAGCUUUGUAAAAUCAGAACUUGACUGGGCAUUUAGAAAGGUCAUGUUUUAUAACACAUUUUUUAAUACACUACCAGUCAAAAGUUUUAGAUCACCUCAGUUUUUCCAGUUUUUCUUCAAAUUUAAUUAGUUGAAAUGCAAUGUAUGACCUAAAAUGGUGAAAAGGUAAGCAGUAAACAAGCAGAGGUUGAAAUUUAAAGUUUCAGUUUGCAAAAACUGAAAAAAGGACAUAUCAGAAUACUACAAAUGGGCCUUCUUCAGGCAACAACUAAUAGGUUACAACCUACAGAUGUUCUGCAGCAGUUAAAGUAAAUUAAGCUUGCAAACUGAAGUAAACAAUUUGCACAGAUGUUCCAACUUCUGUGGAUUACUUAAAAACUGUGUGUUUGUCUUAAAGCAAAGUUGGAACAGACUGUGUUGCUACACCCUCUGGAAUACUACUUGGACAAUAUGAUAAUAUUAGUGAUAGUGAUAAUGGCAAGAAAAACGGCAAUUAACAAAUGAAAUGAGACAGAGCGUUAUUACCCUUAGAAGUGUAAGCCUUUCAUUUAGAGAAACUGUUUUAAAAAAAAAAAAAAAAAAAAAAAUCGAAGUGUCAGUGAGUAUGGUGUCCUACACAAUCCAAAGGCAAUUGGAAACUGGAAGAAACUCUGAUGGGAAGAGACCUGGCAGACCCAAAGUCACAACCCAAUCAGAAGACAAGCUUCUGAGCGUCACCAGCUUGCAUGAUAGACACCUUGCAGCACAACAGCUUCAAGCACAGCUUAACAGUGGUCGAAAAAAAGCAAGUCUCAGUUUCUACUGUGAGGAGGAGACUUUCUUCCAGUCUGCAGUAGUCCACAGUCAGUAUUUCAAGGCCCUGUUUUGCCCUUUAGGGAAUGGCUUUCUUACUGACACUUGCCUUGUCAAACCUGCAGCACAGAGUCCCCUCUUCACAGUAGAAACUGACACUUGCUAAGCUGUGCUUUUGACCGGUAGUGUAGAUAUUGGUUAUAAUUUAAGAUGUAAACGUUAUUUCUAAAUACUUAUAAAUGGUAAAUGGAUAAAGUCUUCAGUUUAGUUGAAGGGUAAAUAAAAGUUUUAUUAAAGUAUCAUAUGUAUAAAUUUUUUAAAAAAUCUGACAGUACACUAAAAGAAAAGAAAAUAUCCUAUAUAUGUGUGGUGAUAAAUGCAUGGUCUUUGUAGCAACCUUGACCUUUCCUUGAAUUGUUUAAUGUGUCAUAGACAAGUGGUUUCAUAGUGGCAUGGAGCUGAGAAGAUGGCUGAUUCCAUCUAACUUUUCAAUGUACCCUAUUAUGUUCAAUAAAAUGAACCUGUGCAAUAAAAUUAUUUUAAAGAAAA